AUGGAGCGGAGCGAAUGCUAUGCUGACGAAGUGACAGCCGAGACAUGCGGAGCGCUCCAAAACGCCAAGCGGGUUUUGGGAGCAGCUGAUAUUCUGGAAGCACCCCCUGAUUGGGCCGAAGUUCCACGUGGCCGGGAUUUAUUUGUACCUGGUUGGGGUGGAUUUGACGUUGCAGAGGCCUGGAAAGCCUGUGGCAAGCAAAUUCCAAGCGUGGCUGAGCUUCGCAGCUAUGGAUAUCUGGCAAAAUACUUUCCUAGUGUCGACGACAUGAGUCGAAUGCGGCUUCUGAAAGUGCUGCAUUCGCCUCACAGCUUGCUUGCCAGAUACGUGGUGCAACAGCGCUCAUUCUGGUGUGAAGCCGGUCGCUUGAACAGGCUCGACGAAGUGGAGGCGUAUUGGCUUGACUUCCGCGUUUCCAAUCCCUCGAGAGCAUUGAAGGAAGAGCCCAAGCGCCUCCUGAAUCGCCUGGCCCGCGAUCGUGCAGUUGCGGAGCAUCCACUCAUUCACUUCCAGCACUUGUCUGGACAGCCCUCUGCUUUGUUCAAUGAGGCGCGCCUGCUGUCAAGGGACGAACAAGAGGAGAGUGCCUCGUUUGAGCUCUCGGUACUGGAAGACUCUCAUAGUAUUGUGCGAGCUGCGCAAGAGUUAAACAACUGUGCAGCAGAUUAUAUUCGAGACGUGCGCCAGAAGAGGUGUGCACUUGUUGUGUUGCGGUCUCAGAAGAAACUGCUUGCUAUGGGCGAGUGGGAUUUGCACGACCAGCGCUGGUCUCAAAUCUCGGAGCAUAGCGAUGAGCCUGUUCGUAGCGAAUGGCUCUACAUGUAUGAGCAGAUGGAGGGCGAAGGCCUUUACCCAGUGAAAGCAGUGCUUCUCCUUCCAGAGGUCUCGGAUGCCAAGCAUUUUCCAGAGGCAGGGGAGGACAAAGUUUCCAUUUUCAGUUCUGGUGGAGAAAGUUGCUUGGAGCGCAUGUGCAACGACACCAUGUUUGGCUUGGAGCCCUGCCUGGGAUGGUCUGAGAUGCUGGGAGAGGUGACUCAUGCAGAGGCCGCCUCAGCACUACUCUUGUGGACGAGCGUGAGCCCACUCUCCAGCGAGUGCGAGCUGAAUGUGCACGCCGUUGCCCGAGCUCUUCUCUGCUGCCGGGCAGACCCAGAUGUUAUGACCGACUGCGGCUGGACGUCUUUGAUGUUUGCCGUGAUGGGCCAGCAGCAGUCGCUCGUGGCCCAACUCUUGGAGGCAGCAGCCGAUGUGGACGCACGGAGUGCUCAGAGCGGGCGCACCGCCUUGAUGUUGGCCGCUAGCAUCGGCAACAUGGGCCUGGUGUGCAGAUUGGUCACUGCGUCAGCGGCCUUGGACUCCGCCGCCCGCAUUGACGGACGCACUGCGCUGCUUCUGGCAGUAGAAGCUGGUGCUUGGGGAAUUGCCGAGUUUCUGCUGCAGGCAGAGGCGGAUGUCAAUGCUCCUCGCUUCGAUGGCAAGACGGUGGUCAUGCUUUCCGUGGAGGCCAAUCAGAUGGACCUCAUGAAGCAGCUUGUUCAUCGAAGAGCAGACCUCAAUGCAAAGGCUGAUGGUGGAUUGACCGUGAUCUCGCUCGCCAUGGAGACGAAGCGUAUGCCGGGCCUGAAGGAAAUCUUGCAGACCCUUGCAAAUGGCCAAUGCGACUUGAAUGUGUCAUGCCCAGGAAAGCAUCCAGCAUCAGCACUGGCGCUCGCAGCUUCAGCUGGCAACAUGGAGGUAGUGGAGCUGUUGCUGCAGUGCCGGGCGUCGGUGCAUGGCGGUGACAGUCGCGACAUAUGCAUCGGCCCUUUGGAUGCAGCCUCGCGUUCAGAGAAAUGGGCUGCUGUGAGACGCUUGGUGGAGCUUCAAGCAGACCCCAACACGGGCAAGAGUGUGCUGAUCCAGGCAGUGAAGUCGGGUGAACAGGACUUGGUGGACUUUCUUUGCAGCAACGGUGCUUCUACCAACGCAAUGGAUGAGCACAUGAGCGCAUCAACGGCAGCAGCAGCCGCAAAUCACCCCGGCGUCCUCAAGAUCCUUGCCGCGGCUCGCGCGGAUCUGGAUGCCUCCCCAGCGCUGGGCCUUCCUCCAUUGCUGGUGGCUGCUCAGGCCAAAAGGUGGGCCGCCUUUCAUCAACUCGUGGAGCUACGAGCGCACAUAGAAGUUCGUGACAGCGAGCUGCGAACUGCCUUGAUCAUUGCAGCAAGUCACGGCAACGCCAAGGCUGUCUCCGGCCUGGUUGAACAGCGAGCCGAGCUGGAGGCUCGCAGCAAAUCGGGGCAGACGGCCUUGCUUGCAGCAGCACGACAGCAGAGCUGGAUGGUGGUGCGGAGACUUGCUGAAGUGCGCGCUGACCUUGACGCAGUGGAAACUGCAAAUGCGAAACCGGUAAUUCUUCAUCUAGCAGAAACUUCUCAGUGGGACACCCUCAUCCACUUUGCCCGGCAUGGCUCAAACCUCGAGGUGCGAGGCCAGGCAGGCCGAACGGUGCUCAUGUAUGCCGCGGAGUGUGGCUUGGACGACGUCGCGUGGUGGUUGCUGAAAUGCCAAGCUGAUCCGAACGCAGAAGACGAUAAGGGCGAGACAGCCUUGCUCAAAGCAUGCAAUCGCGAGCUUGAAGGCUUCAUGCGCAUUCUUUGGGAGGGUGGCGCUCACAUAGAGACAGCAGCGAAGCAGUCUCGAAUACCGGCGAUGUCCAAGCUGUUACGACGCUGGAGUGGUGAUGAUGAGGAUGAUUGA